UAGUCGAGUCGCAGCGAUGUUUACGAUAGGAUUGUUCAUUGCGGUCCUCUCCGUUUUGAUUUACGUUUAUGUAAUCAAACCGCAAAACUAUUGGAAAAAUAAGGGAGUGAAGCAUAAUAAACCUGUAUUCUUGUUUGGAGAUACCUACAAAACUAGUUUACAACAAGAAAACUUUUCGACGUUCGUUGAACGAAUCUACAACAACUUCAAGAAUGAAAGAUAUUUUGGAUGGUAUCAAUUUACAACGCCGAUAUUGAUGAUCAACGAUGUGGAUCUCAUCAAAAGAAUCGGUAUCAAAGAUUUCGAUCAUUUCCACGAUCACCCCGGAUAUUCGCACGAAGACAUCGAUCCUUUGUGGAAUAAAAAUCUAUUCGCAAUCAAUGGGGAGAAAUGGAGGAACAUGCGUACCACGCUGAGUCCAUCUUUCACAAGCAGCAAAAUGAAGAUAAUGUUCAAUUUGCUCAAUGAUUGCGCCGAGCAAUUCGCGCUUUACUUCAAAGAGCAGAAAGAGGAUGUCAUAACUGUUGAGUUGAAAGACAUCUUCACGCGUUAUACCAAUGAUGUUAUAGCGACUGCAGCUUUUGGUAUUAAGUGUGAUUCAUUGCGUGACAAGGACAACGAGUUUUACAAAAAUGGAUUGUCCAUCACUGAUUUUAGUGGCAUCGAAAUUUUGAAAUUCUUCAUGUUCCAAAUUAGCCCAACGCUUGCCAAGCUGCUGAAGUACAAGCUCAUUCCUGAUAAAUCAGCUAAUUUUUUUGGUAAAGUCAUCUUGGAUUCGAUUAAAAUGCGCGAAGAGCAAGGCAUUGUUAGACCGGAUAUGAUUCAUUUGCUGAUGCAAGCCAGGAAAGGAAAUAUGGAUGAAGAUGAAGAAGUCACUAAAGUUACUAAAAACAAGCGAACAGAGAUUACCGAUGAAGAUAUUAUUGCUCAAGCUAUAAUAUUUUUUGUAGCUGGAUUUGAUUCCUCAGCGACUCUCAUGUACUUCUUAGCUUACGAGUUAGCUGUAAACCCCAAUAUUCAAGCAAAAUUACGCGAAGACAUUAUGAAGACAGAUGAGGAAUGCGAUGGAAAAAUCACGUACGAAGCUUUGAUGAAGAUGAAGUAUUUAGACAUGAUCAUUUCUGAAACGCUGAGGAAAUGGCCACCAACUCCCAUAACGGAUAGAAUUUGUAUUAAAGAAUACACCAUUCCAUCUGAGAGGCCAGACGAGAAACCGUUGGUUAUCGAAAAAGGAACCGUAAUUUGGUUCCCCAUUCACGCGAUGCAAAGAGAUCCCAAUCAUUUCGAAGAUCCGGAACGAUUUGAUCCUGAAAGAUUCAGCGAUGAAAACAAGAGCAAGAUAGAUGCGGCGUCCUUCAUAACUUUUGGUAUAGGUCCAAGAAAUUGCAUUGGGUCCAGAUUUGCUUUGAUGGAAACCAAGAUUUUGAUUUACCAUAUCCUUAAGAAUUUUGAAAUCGUACCUGUGCAGAAGUCUGUUAUUCCUGUGGUCUUGAGUAAAAAACACUUCAAUAUGACUGCGGAAGGUGGAAUGUGGUUUGGACUUAAAAAACUUGACGCAUAAAUGUUCUUCAUUGAAAGAACAUUGUUCAAACGAAAAUCAACGUUAUUAUUCAAAUUAAGAAAAUGUAUCAAUAUCUUUAUUUCAAACAAAU